AUGGAGAGGACCCACUGGAAGAAGUGCCCCGUGGCCCCCACCCCACCUGGCCCCUGUGCGUGGUCGCUGGACCUGCACUCUUGGGGUUCCCUGCUCAGCCAUGCUAACCCCCGGCCAGGCAGUGCCCUGGGCUUCCCGGACCUCACGCGGGAGACCCAAGGGAGAGAGUGGAAAAUGGCGAUGGCUGCCGACGCCGGGCUGUGCGCCGAAGCCACGUCCACCCUCGGGUCUGGACCUGGUGUCACCCUCGGCAGCCCCUCCCUCGCCCUCCGGGACGGCCACUUAGCAUCUUGCGGGAGGCCUUCCUAUACAGAAAUUCACACAACUCCUGUUAUAGUGACCACCCAGACUACAGACUUUGAUUUCUGGACAACCACCGACACCACAACUACACCAAUACCAGAGACAACAACGACAGACUACUGGACGACCACCUACACCACAACUACACCAAUACUAGAUUGGUUCACCACGUCCACAACAGAGAGAGCAUCUGUAGGAGAUCCUUGGUUUACCACAUACUGGCCCUCAGGGACAGAGAACCCAUCAGGUCUGGCCCUGAGGCUGGUGAACGGAGGGGACCGCUGCCAGGGCCGCGUGGAGGUGCUAUACCGCGGCUCCUGGGGCACCGUGUGUGACGACGCCUGGGACAUCAACGAUGCCAACGUGGUGUGCAGGCAGCUGGGCUGUGGCUGGGCCGUGUCAGCCCCAGCAAGGGCCUGGUUCGGUCAAGGCUCGGGCCAGAUAGUCCUGGACGACGUGAACUGCCAGGGCCACGAGUCCUACCUGUGGAACUGCCGCCACCCAGGCUGGAACUCACACAACUGUGCACAUAGCGAGGACGCCGGCGUCAUCUGCUCAGCGGCUCAGCAUUCCACGGCGUGGCCAGACUACUGGACGAUCCCUGACACCCCAAGUGCACCCAUACCAGAUUGGUUCACCACUGCCUUACCUGAGACAUCAACAGCAGCAGAUCCUUGGUUUACCACAUACUGGCCCUCAGGGACAGAGAGCCCGUCGGCCCUGGCCCUGAGGCUGGUGAACGGAGGGGACCGCUGCCAGGGCCGCGUGGAGGUGCUGUACCGCGGCUCCUGGGGCACCGUGUGUGACGACGCCUGGGACAUCAACGACGCCAACGUGGUGUGCAGGCAGCUGGGCUGUGGCUGGGCCGUGUCAGCUCCAGGAAUGGCCACGUUCGGUCAAGGCUCAGGCCAGAUAGUCCUGGACGACGUGAACUGCCAGGGCCAUGAGUCCUACCUGUGGAACUGCCGCCACCCAGGCUGGAACUCACACAACUGUGCACAUAGCGAGGACGCCGGCGUCAUCUGCUCAGCGGCUCAGCAUUCCACGGCGUGGCCAGACUACUGGACGAGCCCUGACACCUCAAGUGCACCCAUACCAGGUAAAUACUGCCCCCCAUGUCCUGAACUCCCUCUCUGCCCUGGUAAUAUGUUUCACCAUGAGGAGGCUGAGGUGGUUUGUGUCCUGAAGCACAGGCAGAGCCCACUCACUCCUGUGUCGGCCAUGGCUGUGGCGUUUGCGAUCACUGGCUGCCCCGGAGCUCUGGCCUUGAGAAGGCCUUGGACCUGGGGUGUCCAACGAGCGCUGUGUUUUUCCUUUUCCCUUGUUGUGUUUCUGACUUUCUCUCUGUCUCCUCCAGAUUGGUUCACCACUGCCUUACCUGAGACAUCAACAGCAGCAGAUCCUUGGUUUACCACAUACUGGCCCUCAGGGACAGAGAGCCCGUCGGCCCUGGCCCUGAGGCUGGUGAACGGAGGGGACCGCUGUCAGGGCCGCGUGGAGGUGCUGUACCGCGGCUCCUGGGGCACCGUGUGUGACGACGCCUGGGACAUCAACGACGCCAACGUGGUGUGCAGGCAGCUGGGCUGUGGCUGGGCCGUGUCAGCUCCAGGAAUGGCCACGUUCGGUCAAGGCUCAGGCCAGAUAGUCCUGGACGACGUGAACUGCCUGGGCCACGAGUCCUACCUGUGGAACUGCCGCCACCAAGGCUGGAACUCACACAACUGUGCACAUAGCGAGGACGCCGGCGUCAUCUGCUCAGCGGCUCAGCAUUCCACGGCGAGGCCAGAUUGGUUCACCACCUUUUGGCCUGAGUUAUCAACAACAGAUUCAGGUUUGGCCCUGAGGCUGGUGAACGGAGGGGACCGCUGUCAGGGCCGCGUGGAGGUGCUGUACCGCGGCUCCUGGGGCACCGUGUGUGACGACGCCUGGGACAUCAACGACGCCAACGUGGUGUGCAGGCAGCUGGGCUGUGGCUGGGCCGUGUCAGCCCCAGGAGGGGCCAGGUUCGAUCAGGGCUCGGGCCAGAUAGUCAUGGACGACGUGAACUGCACCGGCCACGAGUCCCGCCUGUGGAACUGCCGCCACCGAGGAUGGAACUCACACAACUGCGGGCACCAUGAGGACGCCAGCGUCAUCUGCUCAGCCGCCAGGCCCCCGUCCACGACCAGCCCAGGAUCUGAUUCUGCCCUGGCCCUGAGGCUGGUCAAUGGAAGUGACCGCUGUGAGGGCCGCGUGGAGGUGCUGUACCGCGGCUCCUGGGGCACCGUGUGUGACGACGACUGGGACAUCAACGACGCCAACGUGGUGUGCAGGCAGCUGGGCUGUGGCUGGGCCGUGUCAGCCCCAGCAGGGGCCUGGUACGGUCAGGGCUCGGGCCAGAUAGUCAUGGACGACGUGAACUGCACCGGCCACGAGUCCCACCUGUGGAACUGCCGCCACCGAGGCUGGAACUCACACAACUGCGGGCACCAUGAGGACGCCAGCGUCAUCUGCUCAGCUGCCAGGCCCCCAUCCACGCCCAGCCCAGCUUGGGGGAGCACAGCCAAUCCUUCCAACGGGUCUGAUUCUGCCCUGGCCCUGAGGCUGGUCAAUGGAAGUGACCGCUGUGAGGGCCGCGUGGAGGUGCUGUACCGCGGCUCCUGGGGCACCGUGUGUGACGACAGCUGGGACACCAAUGAUGCCAACGUGGUGUGCAGGCAGCUGGGCUGUGGCUGGGCCACGUCAGCCCCAGGAAAUGCCUGGUUCGGCGCGGGCUCAGGCCAGAUAGUGCUGGACGAUGUGAGAUGCACCGGCCUCGAGUCCUGGCUGUGGAACUGCCCCCACAGUGGCUGGAACUCUCACAACUGCAGGCACUCUGAGGACGCCAGCGUCAUCUGCUCAGCUUCUCAAGGCAGUGCUACCACCCCAGGUUGGUGGCCCUCACCCAAUCCAACCACUCAGAGGCCCUCUUCAAAUUGCGGUGGCUUCUUAAACACCACCACGGGGGGAUUUUCCAGUCCAUCCCACCCGGGCUACUACCCCAACAAUGCCUACUGUGUCUGGACAAUACAAGUGGGCGCCGGCUACCGUAUCAACCUGGGCUUCAACAACAUGAGCCUGGAGAUGAGCAGUAACUGCGGCUUUGACUACGUGGAAAUCUUGGACGAGUCGUGGAACGGCAGUCGUGUCCUGGGGAAAAUCUGCAACGCCACCAAGCGGGUCUUCACGUCUUCUUCCAACAAAAUGACUGUCCGAUUCCGAAGCGAUGGCAGUGUCCAGAACAUCGGCUUUUCUGCUUGGUACAACUCCUUUCCAAGCGAUGCCAGCUUGAGAUUAGUCAGUUCCAACCACUCCUCCGGAGCGUGCGCGGGACGUGUGGAGAUCUACCACGGCGGCCGCUGGGGCACGGUGUGUGACGAUUCCUGGGAUAUUCAGGAUGCCCAGGUGGUCUGCAGACAGCUGGGGUGCGGACAUGCGGUGUCAGCCCCUGGGAAUGCCUAUUUUGGCUCCGGCUCUGGCCCCAUCACCCUGGACGACCUGGGGUGUUCUGGGGCAGAGUCUACUCUCUGGCAGUGCCGGAACCAAGGCUGGUUCUCCCAUAACUGUGGCCACCACGAAGACGCUGGAGUCAUCUGCUCAGGAUCCCAGCUCACCACCCCCAGUUGGUGGCCCUCGCCCAAUCCAACCACUCAGAGGCCCUCUUCAAAUUGCGGUGGCUUCUUAAACACCACCACGGGGGGAUUUUCCAGUCCAUCCCACCCGGGCUACUACCCCAACAAUGCCUACUGUGUCUGGACAAUACAAGUGGGCGCCGGCUACCGUAUCAACCUGGGCUUCAACAACAUGAGCCUGGAGAUGAGCAGUAACUGCGGCUUUGACUACGUGGAAAUCUUGGACGAGUCGUGGAACGGCAGUCGUGUCCUGGGGAAAAUCUGCAACGCCACCAAGCGGGUCUUCACGUCUUCUUCCAACAAAAUGACUGUCCGAUUCCGAAGCGAUGGCAGUGUCCAGAACAUCGGCUUUUCUGCUUGGUACAACUCCUUUCCAAGCGAUGCCAGCUUGAGAUUAGUCAGUUCCAACCACUCCUCCGGAGCGUGCGCGGGACGUGUGGAGAUCUACCACGGCGGCCGCUGGGGCACGGUGUGUGACGAUUCCUGGGAUAUUCAGGAUGCCCAGGUGGUCUGCAGACAGCUGGGGUGCGGACAUGCGGUGUCAGCCCCUGGGAAUGCCUAUUUUGGCUCCGGCUCUGGCCCCAUCACCCUGGACGACCUGGGGUGUUCUGGGGCAGAGUCUACUCUCUGGCAGUGCCGGAACCAAGGCUGGUUCUCCCAUAACUGUGGCCACCACGAAGACGCUGGAGUCAUCUGCUCAGGAUCCCAGCUCACCACCCCCAGUUGGUGGCCCUCGCCCAAUCCAACCACUCAGAGGCCCUCUUCAAAUUGCGGUGGCUUCUUAAACACCACCACGGGGGGAUUUUCCAGUCCAUCCCACCCGGGCUACUACCCCAACAAUGCCUACUGUGUCUGGACAAUACAAGUGGGCGCCGGCUACCGUAUCAACCUGGGCUUCAACAACAUGAGCCUGGAGAUGAGCAGUAACUGCGGCUUUGACUACGUGGAAAUCUUGGACGAGUCGUGGAACGGCAGUCGUGUCCUGGGGAAAAUCUGCAACGCCACCAAGCGGGUCUUCACGUCUUCUUCCAACAAAAUGACUGUCCGAUUCCGAAGCGAUGGCAGUGUCCAGAACAUCGGCUUUUCUGCUUGGUACAACUCCUUUCCAAGCGAUGCCAGCUUGAGAUUAGUCAGUUCCAACCACUCCUCCGGAGCGUGCGCGGGACGUGUGGAGAUCUACCACGGCGGCCGCUGGGGCACGGUGUGUGACGAUUCCUGGGAUAUUCAGGAUGCCCAGGUGGUCUGCAGACAGCUGGGGUGCGGACAUGCGGUGUCAGCCCCUGGGAAUGCCUAUUUUGGCUCCGGCUCUGGCCCCAUCACCCUGGACGACCUGGGGUGUUCUGGGGCAGAGUCUACUCUCUGGCAGUGCCGGAACCAAGGCUGGUUCUCCCAUAACUGUGGCCACCACGAAGACGCUGGAGUCAUCUGCUCAGGAUCCCAGCUCCCCACCCCCACUCCUGUUUACAACGUCACCUACCCCAGCGCAAAUUACUCCUGCGGAGGCUUCCUGUCCCAGCCCUCGGGGCACUUCACCAGCCCCUUCUACCCGGGGAACUAUCCCAACAAUGCCAGGUGCUCGUGGAGCAUCGAGGUCCCGAACAACUACCUCGUGACGGUCGUCUUCAGAGACGUGCAGCUGGAGAAUGUCUGCAGCUACGACUACAUCCAGGUGUUCGACGGCCCCCAGCACAGCUCCCCGCUCCUCGGCCGGGUGUGCAACGGGGCACAGAGCUCCUUCACGUCCUCGUCCAACUUCAUGUCCAUCCAGUUCGUCAGCGACAGCAUCGUCACCAACAGGGGCUUCCAGGCCGACUAUUACUCCAGGCCAGCCAACGACAGCACCAAGCUGGUUUGUCUUCCAAACCACAUGCAAGCCAGUGUGAGCAGGAGCUACCUCCAGGCCCUAGGCUAUUCUCCCAGGGACCUUGUCAUUCCCAACUGGAGCGGGAACCGUGAGUGUCAGUCCCAGAUAACAUCGACCCAGGUGACCUUCCUGAUCCCCUACACGGGCUGCGGCACCACCAAGCAGGUGAAUAACGACACCAUCGCCUACUCCAACUUACUCAUAGCAUCGGUUUCAAGAGGCAUCAUCAACCGCAAGAAGGACCUGCACAUCCACGUCAGCUGCAAGAUGCUGGAGGACACCUGGGUGGACACCAUGUACAUCAGCAACGGCACCCUGGAGCGCGCAGCCAUCCAGUACAGCAACUUCGAUGUCAACAUCUCCUUCUUCACGUCCGCCUCAUUCCUGUACCCCGUGACCAGCAGCCCCUACUACGUGAGCCUGGACCAGAACCUGUACCUGCAGGCUGAGAUCAUGAACUCGGACAUGGCCCUGUCCCUGUUUGUGGACACCUGCAUAGCGUCGCCGUACGAAAACGACUUUACAUCCUUGACUUACGACCUGAUCCGGAGCGGGUGCGUGAAGGACGAGACCUUCCGCCCCAUCCAGCCGCCGGCCCCCCGCAUCGUCCGCUUCAGCUUCAGCUCCUUCCACUUCCUGAACCGCUUUCCCUCGGUGUACCUGAAGUGUAAGAUGGUGGUGUGCCGGGCCUACGACUACUCCUCCCGCUGCUACCGCGGCUGCGUGAUGAGGUCCAAGAGGGACGUGCACCCCUACCAAGAGAAGGUGGAUGUUGUCCUGGGGCCCAUCAAGCUGCAAACCGCAGAGCACGCCCACAAGAGGAGCUUGGACAAUUAGUUCUGACCGCCGCCAACCCGCCAUGGACCACCCGCACGACUUGUCUCUCCGCUGCAUCUCGCUGGCUCCUCCUGUCGACUGUGUGAUUCUGGCUCCCUGGCCCUCCCAGAGCUGCCGGUGGCUGCGUGGGGUCCGGCCCAUGUCUAGGGAACUUGAGCAGCACCAUGGGUUCUUCCUGGUCGUGGGCCUGGCGUGGCGGCCUUUGCCCUGGGAGGAGCACCACACCGCCUGAGCACUGAGUGUGGAGCCAGGAGAACACACGCUCUGAUCCCCCAGUGAGGGAGGAGAACGGAGACCCCAGAAUGCUGAAUCCUGGUCGCUUUGCCCAGGUGCACGGUGCGAUGGGGUGAGGUGGGUGCCGACGGUGGUGCCAGGUCUUCCCAGAGACACAGGCUGGGCUUGGGGUCAGACGUCAGGGAGGCGUGGGACAGGAUGUGGAUCUUGUGCGCAGACGUGACCACACACUCGUGACAGCGGAGCUCUCUCUGGGUGGAGUUUUUCUCCUGGCCUCUUAUAAACUGGCCUGUUAGGCCUCUAGCACUCCUCUUAGCCUUUCCUUCUGUAGGAUGAGCUGAAUAAAGACCU